AUGCGGCAACCUCUAUGCUUUGUAGACUGCAAAUCUUUCGUGUUGAACUUCCGAGUGAAGCAUUAUCCUCCGGAUCCUGUUAAUGACUUGGCACAGAAUAUUUCCAGAUACUUGGUUUAUCUCCAAAUACGUCGAGAUUUAACCCAGGGACGUCUUUUGUGUCCUCCAUCUAUUGUCGGAAAACUUGGAGCACUGGUCGCUCAAGCUGAAAUCGGUGAUGCGCCAUCAGAACAUGUUGAAACACUAAGUGGUGAUGUUAGUCAGUGUACACCAGCUUUAUGUGAUUCAAGGUCGGACAGUGUGAAGUCUACUGAGUCUACCACAAGGUCCAGCAGUAACAAUUGUGAUCAAUGUAUACAAGGAGAUACGUCGGAUUAUACUGCAUGCCGUGACAUGCUACGUAAAUUGAAAAUAAUUUUCAAUCAAACGCUGGAAGUUGAAGCACAAAUAAUGAAGGAAUACCCAAAGCUCCGUGGUCUUAAACCGGUUGAAGCAGAAACUGAACUUCUCGUAUGUGCAUCACAAUUGCCAACCUAUGGGAUCGAUCCUGUACCAGCUACGCCGAUGCAAAAAGUUCAUUUACCCAUUUCAACCUCAACUAUUGGGAACAGUUCAUCGCCAACUGAAGUUAAAGCUACUAAUGGAAACCGAAACUUAGACACCUUGAAUGCUCAACCUGUAACUUUACCUAAAGGAGCUAAUUUCAACUUGGGUUUAACUAGUACGGGUGUAGUAACUUUUGUGGGCGGACAAAGAAACGCGGAAUACACAUGGGAUCAAAUUCACCGUUUAGGCUGUGAUGGUAAAUUAUUUUUAAUUUACCUGGAAAGAGAUCAUACGGAUGCUGGGAGAAGAUUGUUCCGGACCAAAUAUGUUGUGCAUUCAUUUCGUUGUAAAUCUAAAAGUGCAGCGUUAGCGUUUUGGCGUUGGGCUGUUGAUAGAAAAUGGUUCUUCACUUUGAAACAAUCUAGUGAAGCGGGGAAAAUCAAGCCUACUACAAGUAUCUUCAGUCGAAGUCACACAUAUCGAUUUAGUGGACGGUCACAACAAGAACUUCGAGCUCUCACUGGAUCAAUCACUAACCUACCUCAACAGUCUUUCAAUAGAGUUUCUAGUUUCCGAAAAGUAGUUGGAAUGUAUCCUAAUUCAGAUUCUAGUGGAGCUUUUAAUCGUUCUACACUACCGGGAAGACUGCGACCAUCAACUGACUAUUGUGGAAAUAGUUGUUUUGAAAGGACUAGAACGUUAGAUGAAGCUAGUUCAUUGAUGUCAGCAUUUUCAGAUAUGCCAGCAAAACGUAUUCCUGACACUGUAUUGGAACAACCAUGUGAGGAGGAUAAACUGGACAGUGCUAAGGUCUCACCCAACAUUGAAAACAAAAUGCGGAAUGAUGCAGUUGCUGAUGAUGCAGAUCUUGUAGUUGAAGCUUGUGUUGAAUCGUGGAUUGAACCGACACAAAUUGUUUGGCAGACGGUUUCCAGUGAGAAAACAAAUAUUCAGUCAGUGACACUUGAAACGUGUUCAGAGCCAAGUAUGGUUGUUCGUAAACGUGUGGAGAAUUGUGUGACCACAGCAACUGAUUAUACACAAGCAGUUAAUGCUUUGGAUAAAACUUUAGAUAAUCAUAUCGCUUUAUCUCAACGAGAUGAAUUGAUGAUGAAAUCUGAAAUUCCAACUUAUGCGCAUGUGUCUAAUGGUGAUGCUGUUCGAAUAGUUGACGAUCAGAAAAUUUGUUCGAAUGGUCCAACUAAUAAGAAAUUGAACUAUCAGUCAAUUAUAUCUAACGGGGAAAUGUCGCCAGGAAUUGUUUGUGGUUAUGCAGUGAACAGAGAUUGUCAGCAACAACGUGAUCAACGAGAAGAACUUGCUCAUCAUAAUCAACAAUCAAGUGCAAUGAUGAAGUAUUCGAUUACACUACUUGCGACCGCUUUUGUUGUAAUGUGUGGAGUGAUUGUCCUACUUGAAACUACACCGGUUUCAUCGAAUCGGGAUGAUCAAAAUGUUUUCUAUUAUACCAUUCGUUAUAAUUCACUAGUUGAUAAUUUUCAAAAUUAUGUUUAUACACCGUUGAAAAGAUCCGUGGCUAAUGGAUUCAGUUUUUUAGUGUCUCGUAUUAAUCCUUAA